AUGGACGGCUUUGAUGAUAAUCCGUUUGCCACCGGCGAAGACGCUCAGCCGUUCGUUGCUGGAGGCGGGAAGAAGCCUGCAGGCUCGCGAGUACCCGUCAACCCGCUCUCGUUGCCACCCGAGACUCUUGUACCCGUUAAGAAGCACAUCGGCACCAGCUCUAGUACCAGGGUCACGGACACGAGAAGCUCUUCCGCUGCUGCUGCUUCCGCUGCUACUGCUGGUGCUGUGGGUGCUGCAACUGCAGGCGCUGCUACUGCUGUCGGUGCAGCAGCCAAAGGCCCUGUAGCCAGCACCCAAGCGAGUGGUGCCUCUGCUGCAGAAGGGACGGCUCAUGACUUGACCUUCCUCGAACGUUUCUCAGCUUCCCCUGUCGCAUCCAGGGAAGAAUAUUCUGGUUCUAUUGACGUUGCUGGUGCUACUACUGGUGGUGCCGGUGCUGGUGUUGCUGGUGGCAGUGCUGGUGAGGCUGGUGGUUUUGAUUGGUUUGGGGACUUUUCGGAUCUUGGUCUGCCUGCAGUUGUGGAAUCUCAGCAGGAGGGGAAAUGGCAGGAGAAGAGGGGGGAGAAGAGGGAGGCAAAGGGAGAGGCAAAGGGAGGGGUGGGAAGAAAUGAGCUGAGGGGCCAAGACAAAAUCAAUGACACUGACACCAGCAAGGCUGGUGGUGAUGACGUCACCAGCAGCCCUGUGCUGACAUCAUCAUCGUCAGGGUAUAUCUCCUCUCUUCCCCCUGUAGAGUACUACGGCCCUGCAGGGAAGCUUCCCAGAACCAUCUUUGAUGCGCCCACGCGAAUGCCUGUUGACCCAAACCGGCCGGUUCCGCUCGUGGUGUGCCCCAAGCCUAAGGGAGAGGCUCGGGCGGAGGUUCGGCCAGGAGAAGGAAGGGGGAGGGAGGGCGGAAAGGCAUCUCCGUCUGCUGCAAUGUCUGCUCCUGGGACCUCCGCCCCGUUUCUCUUUGUGCCUUUCAGAGGCCUGGCAGCCCGAGCCAAGAGCAUAGCCUCGGACGACAGGCUCGGCGUGGUGUUCACAGGGCACAAGGACGGGCGCGUGCUAGUAUGGAGGGUGCUACUAACAGGAUGGGGAGCAAAGGGAACAAAGGGAGGCACAGGAGGCACAGGAGAAGGCACAGGAAGAGGUGCAGGAGUGAAGGCAGCUGGAGAAGCAAAGGAGUUCAAAAGGGGGUUGGGAAUCGGGUUGCGUGAUCCUCGAGUGCAGGUGGCACUGGUGGCGGACUGGCAGGCCCAUAUAGCCACUGUGACUGCUCUGGUCGUCACUCCCUAUGGCGAGCUGUGGUCAGCUGGUGAUCGUGGAAUCAUCAAGGCAUGGACCCGCCUCUCCCUCACCACCGAGGUUCAUCGAGCCAUGCACCAACUAGAGGAGGGCGUAGAGGAGGGGAGGGAUGGGGGGAGGUAUAGGCCAAUAGCAUCUGAUCUGCAGCAGCAGCAGAAUGCUGACGUGACAGGUGCGGCUGUGGCGGUCCGCAUCAGCCCUGCCUGCGUGGAGCUUCGGCAGCACCGAGGCUCGUCAGGCUCGGCAGUGGGCGAGCAGGCUCGGAACGACGUGGCGGAAUCCAGCAAUCCGAGAGGAUACAGUGGAAGUAGUACCAGCUAUGAAAAUCGCACUGCUGCUGAUCCUGCUACUGGCAAUGCUGCUGCCGGUGCCGCUGCUGGUGCUGCUGGUGGUGCUGGUGCUGGUGCUGGUGCUGGUGCUGGUGCUGCUGGUGGUGCUGGUGGUGCUGGUGGUGCUGGUGGUGGUGCUGGCAAUAACGCUGGUACACCACCCAGGGCACUAUCACCUGUAUCUGAGAGCAUGCAAGCUUUACCACCGCUGUCUGUUGUUUCAACCGCACGAGGAGCUGUGAGGGUGAUGGUGGCAGAUGCGGCUACUGGUUGGGUGUGGACGGCUGGGCCUGCCUCUGCUUGCAUCUGGUAA